GAAUUCUUUAUUAUACAAGUUUUAAUAAGUUGGAUUUGCUAAUGAUGUAAACCGUUGACAUUGAGUGGCAAUGUGGCACAUAUAAAGGUAAAUUAUAGUCACACUACUAAUGUGUUAUUAUUAAUGCAGUUUUAACUUUUAAGUAACUUUGUAUAAUAAAAAGAUUGGGUGUUUUAUGCUUUAUUAGUAUAAUUAGAGAUUUUUUUGUCUAUAAUUACUUUACUAAUACUAUUUUCUUGCGAGAAACUAUCUUAUUUACAAAAUAUUGUACAAAAUUAUCUUUGUUACAUUAUUGUUUGUUGACCAAUACCUAAAUUUUUUUUCCGACGUUUGACUGUAGUUUUCCGUUGAGUAAAACUCAUGUGCAGGUCACGCGACUUGUUAUUUUCCUUAUUUAAUUCGUCCCUUCUAUUUUCCCCUCCUUUUUGUAAACUAACACUCUAUCUCCUUAGACCUUACCUAACUAAGGAUAGGCACAUGGGUUUUGUACAAAAUAGAAGGGGGAAUAAUACAAAAGGGGGGAAUAAAAUAAUGAAAAUAAUAAGUCACGUGACAUGCACAUGGGUUUUACUCAUCGGAAAACUACAAUCAAACGUCGGGAAAUUUUUUUUUGUAAUGGUCAACAAACAAUAACAUAACAAAGGUGGUUUUGUACAAAAUUUUGUAAAUAAAGUAGUUUCUCGCAAAAAAGAGGGUAAGUAAGGUAGUUAUGGACAAAAAAAUCCUAUAAUUAAAAUUCAUACAAUACAUUAUAUGUACUGUAUAGGUUGAUUUUUUUUCAAUUAACCUUCAUGAAACUAUGUACAGUUUCUCAAAGUAUGAAGUCAAAAAUAGUCAUACUCAUUUUCCAACAGAAAAAUAGCGAAUUUUCAAAAUAAGUGAUGUGACUUCUGACUAGUGUGAUUCCAACUAACUGUCACCAACUACUAGUCCUAUGAAUAAGAAGGGUAAGUAUCAACUGAAGACUGCUUGUUCUCUCACUCCCCUUCCCCCCCCCAAAAAAGGAACUAUCUUCAUCUUUGUGUGAUAGCUCCUAUGUACCCAAAACAAUCACCCUAUUUUUCUCAUCAAAUGGAAGAACAAGGGCAAGUUACUAGUUCUGAUCAUUAUACUGGUCCUUCCUUUUCUUCUGUAUUCCCUUCUUCACAGUCAGAAGAAUCACAGCAAACAGAGGUGAAUGUUCAGCCAGAAGAUCAGCAGCAGCCUAAUAACGGGCUGCGGCGUUGGCAUUGGCAGCCAAGUCUUGUUUAUCAAAGGUUCAACAUAAAUGUCACCAGUUUGGGUUCAACUGAUGUCUGGUCUUGUAUAAGUGUGCUUCUCACUUUCUGGUUUUUUGCAUCUGUGAUUCUGAUUCUUGGGUUCUAUGGAUCAUUCAACUUACAACUGGGUCCAAAUUGUUCAUACUUGAUCGAAGGCAAUCCAUUCUUUGUAAAUUCCAUUAAGGCGCGUCAAAGAGAUGAUCAAACUGCAGGGCCAAUGCUUUACGGAUUCCAUGAGUCUCCUUUACUUGAUGUUAAAAGCACUUGGUUUCAGAACAACACUGCAUCAGUAAAGCCUGGUUUUCACAAGGAGUGGGCAUAUUUCUUGAAUGCUGGUUCUCGAGUUGAAGUAUCCUAUGAUGUCAAAUUCCCUGGCUCUGCCUCCUUGUUUCUUGUAAUUGCCCAAGGUAGACAAAAUCUGCUUGAGUGGAUAGAUUCCCCUUCCUAUAAUACCACAAUGUCUUGGAACAUUAUCUAUGGAAAUGGUAAAAUCGCGCAAGACAUCAAAGAGUCUGAUACGUACUUUGUGGCAGUUGGUAACUUGAACCUUGAGAUAGUGGAGGUUUGCUUAAACAUCACAAUAAUGUCUCUUCUCUAUAAUACUACGAACGCACAUUUCAAGUGCUUGUUAAAUCACAUUUGCAGCUUCAAGCUUAUCCUUCUGAAGCCUAAUGCAGCUGUCCUAACUUCUCCAGGUCCACCAGAGGUUAAAAUUGAUGAUGAUUGGUUCAUCCAGGUUUCAUUUGAACCACAAUGGGUCACAUAUUGUGGUGGGUCAUGUAUAGUAGCAGCGAUGAUUUUUGUACUAUACAGAUGUUAUAAUCAAUUGCAACCAAAUAGCGGAGAUGAAGUUGGAAAUCAAGUGAAUGCAACUAUAGCUGGCAGAGAGCCAUUGCUUUCCAACAAGAACAAUGAUCACUCAAGUUGGGACUCGUCUUAUGACUCAAUUCCCAGUGAUGGGGAUCAAGGACUCCAAGAGAAGAUUUUAGAAGGCUCCCUUGAAGGAGAAGUCUCGAGAGAGGGAGAAAUUCAUAGCCCUGAUACUUGUCGUUUAUGUGCUAUAUGCCUCGAUUCCCCUAGGGACUGUUUCUUCCUUCCUUGUGGGCAUUCUGCUGCUUGUUUCAGCUGUGGAUCAAGGAUUGCUGAAGAGGCAGGUACUUGCCCCAUAUGCCGUAGGAAGAUGAAGAAAGUGAGGAAAAUAUUUUCGGUUUAGAUAUAGUAGUACAGGUUGGUGUAAAACCUUUAAAGGUUGAAGGUUACUGUGAUAGAAUGGAACUGUUUGGCUUCUGCUUAUAUGUAGCAGGGAAUGUUAUGAGGUUAGAUGGCAAUUUAUGGUGCCUGGCCUAAAGUUUUGUUCUACUGGCAACCUUGCUGUCACAACAUAUAUACAUAAUCCUAAGUCCUCUAAUUUCUGUGCUUUUAGCUGUUUAAACUUUAGUCCAAGUUACUUAUAUCCA